AUUCUCUUCCUCAACCUCAGGAAAGUGACAAUGCUAGUUCUUCAAUAUCCACAGUAGAAAGAAUUGAAACAAUUAGUUUUGAGGAUGCCAAAGCAAUCAUAGCUGAAGAUAUGAGAACUGUACACAGCUCAAAUAUGUACUCAAAUUCUUUGUCACGAUUCAAAAGAGACGUAUAUGAAUCAAUGGAGGCUCCACUUACCUAUGAGACACACUUGCAACAUUUACUUGCACUCUCUGAUAUAAUGUACAUUGAGAAAAAAUCAAUUUAUCCUGGAUUGCAAAGUUAUUUCGACGAGCCUAUAGAGACAAUACGCCAAAAUAUUUAUAAUACCUUUGGUUUCAACCAACUGAAUCAAAAAUUUCCAAUCGAUACCAUGAUGACUUUAAUAAAUAUUACCAAUGAUCUGAACCGUGGUACAAUGUCAAGGAUUCAAGUGGAAAGCAAAAUAUUAGCACUGAUUAUCGAUAACACAGAUCAAAUCAUGAUUAGGUUGUUACAAUGUGUCAAAUCGAUGGUUGAGUUGCUUCCCCUCACAAACCAAAAGAAAGAAAGCAAAGAAUUUGAACUUUGCACAAGAUACCUGCAACCCUGUUUUCAAAAAUUGUUCGACUGUGAUCAAGAUCAGCUCAUAUUCAAGUGGUUGAACACGAAUUGCUUUUUGGAUGCAGACGCAGAUCCAAACAAAAACCGUCCGGAUGGAGUCGUUGAGAAUGAUCUGAUGGCGAUUGGAUAUUUCGAAGUAAAGCCGAUCAAGCAUACCAAAAACCAUAGAAAAAUAAAUAUGGAUCUUCACAGAUUAUGCACAUUUUCAAAGGCUGGCACCAUUAAGUUCAACAGAAAACAUAUGUUUCAAAUUAUGGCCGUUGGUACAAACAUUCAAUUCAACAUCAGCGAGGCUAUGGAAGAUAUUUUAAUGGUUGCAGAAUUAGAUUGCAUUCGUUUUCCCCUUUCCUUGGAUGAAUUACCUCAACUUGUACCCUAUCUUGAUAGAUUGUACCAUGUUGUAGACGUCAUCCAUAAAUUAUGUUAUACUAGCAAUGCAUUCCGUGUCGAAGAAUCAUUUAAACCCGCCUUAGAUGCUAAGGUAAUCAAGGCAAUUAUGGAGAAAUCAGUAGACAGGAACCGCAAAAAUCUAUUUUACCGUCCUCGCCAUUAAAGGUUUACCUUCCAUCAGCUAAAAGCAAUAGUUUGCCAUACGUAAAAGCAGGAUCCUCAUCAAUGUCCAUUUCUUCAACAAUCUCUUCGACUCGGUUGUCACUCAUUACAAUUCCAUUUGCUAUUCUACAAUGUUCGUUCAUAUUAUAAUCUAAAAAAAAAAAAAAAAAAAAAAA